AUGGUCAAGGUCGUCGCCAACGGUGUUACUAUUGCCGACAGCAACGAGACUGUCGUCGUUGAGGGCAACCACUACUUCCCGCCCAAGGACGUCAAGACCGACCUCUUCUCCACCUCAUCCACGUCGUCGACGUGUCCGUGGAAGGGCAAGGCGGCUUACUACUCCGCCACCAUCGAGGGCAAGACGAUCAACGACAUCGCAUGGUACUACCCCGCGCCCAACGACGCCGCCGCCAACAUCAAGAACCACGUCGCGUUCUACAAGAACAAGGUGUCCUUCGAAGCUUCCGCGCCUAUGAGUAUGAUGAACGAUCCGAGCCCGAACGAAAACACAAAUACAAAUGAACAGCCCAUGUUGAACCCGAUGGAAGACGUCAACGCGAUGAUGGAGAGUAGUGAUGGUAUGGCGAGUAGUGUGGAGGGUAGUGGUGAGGCUAUGAUGGAGGGUGGCGAGAACACGGAGAUGCCCAUGGAUUCGGAGACGGGGAUGCCGAUGACCCAAGAGAAGAUGGCGGAGAUGAAGAAGAGGGGGUUGUUGGGCAAGUUGAAGGACGUCUUCCAUUCGAAGGGGCAGAAGAAGCAUUAG